GGGUUAAUUUGCAAACCUUUUCUACAAUAGUUUACAAACUGCUAUGACAGCCUCUACGCUGAGCAUCAGUUUUGAUUAUUUCCCUGAUCCAUGCCACAUUUUGAUGCUGCGUUCGCAGUUGUCCUAACUCUGAGGACCUUUUGAAAGAACAUUUGCUACAGAAUUGAAAGGGUCUGUUUGAAAGAGGAUUAGAGUAGAAUGGUUUGUCGUAAAGAUAAGCAGUCUGGUUUCCCUCUAAAUGUUUUGGACUAACCCACAUUUUCAAACUGCUUGGAACUGAUCACAACUGAACUCCAAAGCAUCUACAUAGCCUAGGGGCCCGUCCUCACGCUUAAAUAUCUCCAUACGGAAAAUGAGCUGCUCCAUGAGGUGGCACUCUCCGCGCAGCCCAAAGUCUGCCUGAGUCAUUGUUUAGGAAUCCUCAAGACAUCAUUUCCUAGAAAGAUGAGGUAAUCAGUAGGAAGAUGAAAUGGGGGUGGGGGGAAGAGAGGAUGCGUCUAGUGGCGUUUCUGAUUGGCCGAGAGGAUUGUGCUGGAGUAUAAAUAAGGGCCGCUAUCUAGCCAGUAAGUGCUACCAGCGUUCUUUUCGUGGCUUUUGCUUUGCUCUCGGUGCCCGAGGGAAUGCUGGCUGCUUGACUGUGCCUGUGCCGCCAACGCCGCGCCCGGGACGCGAAUGAAGAAACUGCUUCUAUUGCUCUUCAAUUAUCGGGGACUCGCGAGAGGCGGGGGGCGCAAGGGGAAACGACGCCGAAAAUGGCCUCCUUCCAUAUCCGAGCCGCGCGGCCUGAGGAUUGCGCUGAUAUUCUGCGCCUCAUAAAGGAGCUUGCUAAAUACGAAGAUAUGGAAGAUCAAGUAGUACUGACUGAAAAAGAACUUCUUGAGGAUGGUUUUGGAGAACAUCCUUUCUACCACUGCCUUGUUGCAGAAAUGCCAAAAGAACACUGGACACCUGAAGGUUAUGGUAUAGUGGGAUUUGCCAUGUAUUAUUUCACUUACGAUCCAUGGAUUGGAAAAUUGCUGUAUCUUGAAGAUUUCUUUGUGAUGAAUGAAUUCAGAGGCUCGGGUAUUGGUUCAGAAAUUCUGAGGAAUUUGAGUCAGAUUGCUGUCAAAUGCCGUUGUAGCAGUAUGCACUUCUUGGUAGCAGAAUGGAAUGAACCUUCCAUUACAUUUUACAAAAGACGGGGAGCUUCUGAUCUAUCAUCUGAAGAAGGAUGGAGACUCUUCAAAAUAGAUAAAGAGUAUUUGAUGAAGAUGGCGACUAAAGAAUGAGUUUUGUCAACACAAUAACCCAAAUACAAAUUAAAUGUGUAGUUUCUCAAUUUGCUAUCCCUGUAUUUUCUUUUCUUUUAAUAAUGAAAUAGUUAAUAAGUAUCUUAAACCUAAAGCUCUAAUACUAAUGGUGUAGAUUACUGUGUUGUAGACUUCUGAGAUUCAAUGUAGCAACAGUUCACUGUCAGUACAUCUGUGAUCCUAAAAUUUCUAUUAUGUGUAACUUCAUUGUAAGUAUCCUUCAAAUGUGUACAGUGUACACUCUGGUAUGUUUUUUUGUGUUUUCAAUUAUUUACAUUUAUGGGAAAUAAAUGUUUUCAUAUUAGUGAUGACAAA